GAGAAGGACUUCAUGGUGGCUCGCGGGAUAGUGCGGGAGGCUCGUGAAACCAUGGAAUCCCAGCAGCUGAAGCUGAAGGAAGUGCGGGAUCGCCUGGACAGAGUGUCUCGUGACGAUGUCCAGUAUUUGGAGCUCGCCACUCUGGAGCAUAAACUUCUGCAGGAAGAAAAAAGAUUAAGAACUUCAUACAUCAACGCCGAGGAGUCGGAAAGAGAGAAGUUCGCUCUUUUCUCCGCCUCCGUGAGGGAGAGUCACGAAAAAGAGAGGACCAGAGCCGAGCGGACUAAAAACUGGUCCGUCAUCGGCUCCGUACUGGGGGCCCUCAUCGGGGUCAUGGGAUCAACUUAUAUUAACCGCAUCCGGCUCCAGGAGUUGAAGAAUUUGCUCCUGGAAGCUCAGAAGGGACCAAUCAGCUUACAGGAGGCGAUCCACGAGCACGCGUCCGUGCACCAAUCCCAGCAGAAGGAUUUGGGAGACCUCAUUGUAGCAUUAAGAAACAAGGUACCUGCUGACCUGCCGCCAUCUCAAGACCCUCAGAGUGCCAACAUGGGGUCUUCGGCAGUGGAUCAGGUGUUAUCGGCCAUUAAGGAGCACAUGGCCUAUACUAAAGAAUCCGGGAAAAGCUUGGAAGGUUUGCAGCAGAUCUGUGGGGACCUGGAGAAGAGUCUUGGUAAGGUGGCAACUGAGAUGCAGAAUGCAAAGUCCAAGGUUUCCUUGAAGACCACAGAAGGGUCGGUCCUCAGCCCUGGUGGCGGAGGGCAAGGAGGUUCCCUCCAGGACGUUAUACUUGAAUUAUCUGAGGCCGAGCAGAGGCUGGGCUCCCAGAUCAAUAGGAAUUCCCUGUACAGCACGGCGCUGACAUGCACCGCACUCGCUGUCGCAUUCCCAGUAUUGUACGUUUUACUUAAAGGAAAUUAAACCACCACGAAUAAAAGAAUCCUACAAGGAGCAAUG